AUGUUUGUUCAUGCAUUAUUUUACUGGGCCAUUAUUUUGGUCGCACUCGUUCAUUCUCAUACUGUGCCAGGUUUGGAUUCUUUACAUAUCCAAUCUGAAUUAUCCAAGAGAGACAACUUGGUCGAUUCAAUAUACAACACUUUGCCCGAUGCCGACAUUGAUUUCAUCAAUACUCACUUGUCCAAUUUGACGAAUUACAAUGCAUCGAAAUGUGAUCAAUGUAAACACAGAAUCAGAUAUGGUAGAUCAUUAAUUGAUGAGAAUCCAGAUAAGGCCCAUUUAGUGGGUUUGCUUUUGUUCAAGUACUGUAUUGUCAAUAAUAAAGGGAAGGAAUCUAAGUGUGAUAAUGUCGACUUUUUUGUCAACACCGUUUCAACCAAUACUGAGAAGUUUAAUGACAACUUUGAUUCUGGUGUUACCCAAGUUGGUUCACUUAAUUUCCAAGAUAAUGAUUUCUUACAAGUUUUGAAGCGUUUGAAUGUUUCUAAUGACUUAGAUUUGGAGUAUUACUGUUACUACAAAUCCAAGAAUGAUUGCAAAUUGCCAGCUACUCCCGAUGUCGAGGAGUUGUUUGGUGUUUCCCAAUGGUGGCCAGAAAAACAAUCACACCAUUAUUUCCCACCCAACUACACCAAUAAUAGUGAAAUAUUCAAUGUAUUGCAUUUAAGUGAUGUUCACAUUCAAUUGAGAUAUCAACUUGGAACCGAAUCCAAUUGUACUUCUGAUCCGUGUGCUGUUCCUGAAUCUUACAACGAGGAGUUGCCAGGGAAAGACUACAAUUUCACCGAUUACUACAGACACUUCAACCCAGAUCUCACUGAUUUUGAAUUGUCAUUCUACCCUGAUGCUCACUAUGAUGAGAAUGAUGAAUAUGUCAAGGGUGACUACUACGACUACCCAAAGUACCGUGGUUGGAACUUCAAGAAUGCACCAGCCACCAGUUUUGGUGCCUAUUUGGCUGAUUCUCCUGAAUUAUUGAUGAACAACUCAUUCAAACACAUUGCUCUGGUCCACCAGGACAAACACUUUGAAUUUGCUAUUUUCACUGGUGAUGUCGUUGAUCACUUGGUUACUUCAUGUACCCCCGAAUACACCAAAGAAGAGGAGGUGAGAAGCUUCAAAGCGAUGAAACAUUUCUUUGGUAACAUUCCUGUAUUGCCAGCAUUGGGAAAUCAUGAAACGUAUCCAUACGGUCAGUUGGCUCCUGCACAAUUUGAUGAAUCUGAGAACAGUACCUAUUCCUGGAAUGUUGAUGAGAUGGUUGACUUGUGGGUGAACAAUGAAUGGUUUGAUGAGAAGGAUGCUGAAGAUCUCAAAAGUCACUAUGCUGGUUUUCUGUAUGUUACAAACCGUGGCUUGAAGGUUAUCGGGUUGAACUCCAACGCGUUCUAUCAAAAGAAUUUGUGGAGUUACAUCAACCAUACAACUGAAGCUGACUUAUUCGGCCAGUGGAGCUUUUUGGUUGAUGAACUCUUAGCCAGUGAAAGAAAGGGACAAAGGGUGUGGAUUAUGGCCCACAUCCCUACAAGUGACUAUGAUGCUCUUCCAAUUCAAUCUAGGAUUUUUGGUAAGAUUGUUGAAAGAUUUUCUCCAUAUACCAUUGCUAACAUCUUUUAUGGUCACACUCAUCAAGAUCAAUUUCAUGUUUUCUAUUCAUCCAAUUCAUCCCAAGAAACAGAAGAUAUUAUCAAUAUGUCGUGGGUUUUGCAAUCAAUCACUCCAUUAUCGAACUACAAUCCAUCGUGGAGAUACUAUGAGGUUCAACAUGAAAGUUUCAAUAUUAUGAACUCCUUUAACUACUACACUUUAUUAAAUGAGACUUUUGUUAACGGUGGUGCCGAACCUAUCUGGAGAUUUGAAUAUUCUGCCAGAGAUUUGUAUGAUCCAGACGGAACAUGGCCAGGUGACGCUCCUCUAAACGCUACAUUUUGGCACAAAUAUGUUUUGACCCAAAUAAAGAACGAAACCAAUAUUGAGUUCAAUCAAAAGUUUUCAGAAAUGCAGUAUAGAUUUGGUCCUGGUGUGCUUGAUUGUAAAAACGGCACUGUUGUUUCUGAUGAAUGCUACAAUGACAACUACUGUGUUGUUGGUAAUUUCUUCAGUGACGACUAUCAAAAAUGUCUUAGAGAUUAG